UUUCACGGUAUUCCGACAUGUAGGUACUUUUUGGAUCCUUCCAAAGCGACAGCGACUCUGGGGUUGGCUUUCGCCCGCCGGCGAGCGCCGAAGGAGAGGAUGGGGAUGAAGAGCGACGCGGAGUUGGCCUGUACACUGGGAUGUGUUCCGGCAACUGCGGCCAGGGGGCGUGUCCUUCUGGCAGGCCGGUGACUCAUCAUGACCCAACAAGAGCAGCAGGAAUUCACGGAGAGCCUGGAGGCCGCCCUAUCCUGGAUGCAGGCCGUCCAAGAGAGGCUGAGGGCCAAUGACAACACCCAGGGACCCCGGGACGCCCUGGAGGCCAGGCUCAGGGAGACGGAGAAAAUCCACGAGUCGGAGCACGAGGGCAAAGUGAAGAUGGACGUGGUGCUGGUGGCGGCGGAGGUCCUCCUGCAGAGCGGCGACGAUGAGCUGAGGAGCCACGUCCACAGCAGACUGAAAGAUGUCAAAGCCAAGUGGGAGGAAACCUGCACCUACAUCAUCCACUGUCACAGUCGUAUCGAGUGGGUCUGGCUCCACUGGAGUGAAUACCUGAAGGCCUACGAGGAGUUUGAGCUGUGGCUGGCGCGGCUGAAGCGGAGCCUGGACGCGGACGUGGAGCUGCAGCUGGGGGUGAAAGAGAAGCUGUGGCAGGUGGACCACCAGCGCGUGGUGCUCAGCGAUGUGCACGGACAGGCCGCGCUGCUGGAGAGGCUGCUGGAUGAGGCGGCGGCCCUGCACAACCGGACCCUGGACCCCAGCGUGGAGCCCCAGGCCCAGGAGAGGCUGCAGGAGGCAUACAACGACAUCCGGGACAGGACUGAGGAACGCUUGACGUUGCUUCAGAAAAUAGCGGAGGAGCACCAGAUGUACCGAGGCUGCGUCCACAGGUUCCAGGCUUGGCUCCUCUCAAAGACCAAGGAACUCGCGGACCUAAUGGAGAAGGAGAACACAUCUGAGGAGAAACUGAACGCCUUCCGAGCUCUUGACGACAGUGUGGCCAGCGAGGAGAAAACGCUGCUGCACAUUGAGGGUGUGGCGGAGGCUGUGCGGGCCAACACGUCGCCGGCGGGGGCUGAGACCGUGGUGGAGGAGGCGGAGGAGCUGCGGCUGGGCUGGCAGAGGCUGCGGCAGGGUCUGUGUGAGGCUGAGGAGGGCCUGCGUGCCAGCCUGGACUCCCACAGCCUUUACCUGGGCAGGUGCCGGCACCUGGGGGAGGACAUCAGCCGCCUCCACCUGCUGCUGCAGGGGCUGGGACAGGAGCUCGAGGAAGGCCGGGAGGCCGGGGACAGAGCCGACUGGACGGAGGAACAGGUGGAGGGCCAGUGGAGGAAAUACAUGAAUGUGAGGAAUACCCUAGCAGCUGAGGAGACCCAGGUGGAGCACCUCAAGGUUCAACUCAAGGAGCUGUUCAGAUUUUCAGAGGACUCCCGCCACCUCUCCGAUGACGUGUUGGCAGUUGUCAAAGAACAUCAGAGCGUGAAGUGCCGAGCGACGAGGCUGUGCACGGACUCGGAGCUGGGGCUGAGGCAGAUCUUCCAGGACCCCCUGCAUGUCUUCAGCCAGUGGAGCGACAUGGCUGCCAGCGUGCUGGAAGCUUCAGCCGAGGUCACGGAGUUCUCCCACGUCGCCAUGCUGGUCCACAACAUCGAGAAGCUGCUGAAGCACAGCGUGCAGCUGCAGGAGCGUCUGAGUCUGCUGCAGGUGAAGCGUGACCUGAUGGCCUCCGUCUUCGGUGCCGAGUGGAGCGACGGCCUACUGGCCGAGCUGAGCGCCGCCGUCCGAACCCGAGACCUGCUGCACACCCAGCUGCUGCAGAGGAAGAACCGGCUGCAGGGUUUGAUCUCCAGGACCAAGGACUUCGGCGAUGCCUAUGAGACGGUUCGCUCCAAGCUCACCGUCCUCCGAGACCGAAUGGUCGCAGCCGACGUCCUCCAGCCCGACAUCCUGGCUAAGAAGAGCCAGUCAGACCAGCUCAGGGUGAUCCAGAAGGACCUGGAGGACUGUGAUGCCCACAUCACGGCGCUGGAAACCCUGGUGUCGUCCAGUCCCUCCAACAGGACUCAAUUUGAGCGGCUCUGUGCCGACUGGAGACUUCUUAACAAGAGGGUCAGGGUCAAGGUGAAGGAGAGCGAGGAGAGCAUCGCCGAGCACGAGAACUUCCACGAAAGCCUGCUGAACGUGGAGAAAUGGCUGAUGAUCAUGAGGCAGAAGCUGGAGUCCUACCGCAGCCCAGCAGGACGAUGGAGCGUAGAAAACCGGCAGCAUGAGGCUGAGAGGGCGCUAGGGGAGUUCCCGGAGAAGGAGCUGCAGCUGCACCAGACAGAAGCCAUGGGUCAGGCGGUGCUGGAGAAAACCUCGGAGGAGGGCCAGGUUCACAUUUUGCACGACAUGCGGCGUCUGCGAGAGUCCUGGUUGGCCCUGCACAGCCUCAGUCUCAACCUCUACAGGCUGCUGAACAACUCCUCAGAGGAACUGGACUCCGACCCCUGGAGUCGCUCAAAACCCGAGGCCUUGCCAGGAGAGGGAGACAGCCAGGUCCUGGGAGGAGGCUUCAUGGACCUGGAUGAGGCCGGAGCGUAUGAGAGCCCGGCGACUGGCGGAGGAAGAGGCCUGGAAGUGGAGGGUCCAAUGGCCGUCACCAUCAGCCCUACCAUGAGGCUUCAGGACCACUCUGAGUCCAGCUCGGGGGGACAGCUGGACCCGGGUGAACGAGACACCGAACACGUCGGCCUCAGCCCAUUGAGAACAGCCAAGGAAAGCACACUCUCCUUUGGGUUUGACGAGGUAGAUUUGUCCCCAUGGGGUUUGGGGCAUCAUCAAACCAAAGGCAGGAAGAGCAACGACCACCAUGGAGGGCUUCUCGAAGACGCCGCGGGUGGCAGAAGCCCCAAGAGAAGUGGGUUAGGAGGCGGGUCUGCGGGCGGUGUGGCGGCCGUCACAACGGAGCCGACGGUAACCGCUGAGAUGGAUCACAGCCAGGGAAGUGGAAUCAGCCUCCAACAAGGCAUAGCUGAGAUGGAGGUGAGCGAUGGAGGAGAAGGACUAAGCCACGGAGGAGGUGCAUUCAUGCUGUUCAGGAAGGAUUCAGCCAAGGAGCAGGGGGCGCCGAAGGGCGGUCCUCUGGGAGAAACUGCCGUCCAGGGUUCAUCUCAACCCACAUCGGUAAACCAGCGUUCCUCCUCUGCGGGGAGCCCGGGGCCGGCCUUGAGUGCGUCUGAGUACGAAGCCAGCUGGAGGGAGUUCAAGGCCUGGCUCUGCAGGGAGAACGAACUGCUCUCCGGGGUCGUCGGCACCAAAGGAGCGACGCUCGGCGCCGAAGAACUGAAGAGCCGCCAGGACACGCUGAAGGCUCUGAGGGCCAGAGUGGGUUUGGGCCAGGAACAGUUCCAGCUCUUAUUCCAGGGAUGCCGGGGGGCUGGCCGGGGGGCUGGCCGUGCGGCGGCGGGGUCCAUCGAGGCCAGGGUGGUGGACGACUCGGGUCUGGAGGAUCUGCGCUACCGCUGGAUGCUUUACAAGUCCAAGCUUAAAGACGUGGGCGACCUCCGGGCCAGACUCAAUGUAAAGGGUUCCCAGGCGAGAAAAAACCAGUCUGCCGUGACAAAAAAGGUGCAGAAGGUACCACAGAAAGGCCCGGGGCUCCUGCAUCGAGUGUGCCGAGUGGCCCUCCCUCUCUGGUUCCUCCUCCUGGCUCUGCUCCUCCUGGCCUUCCUGCUGCCCUUCAUGGACGAGGGAAGCAGCUGCUCCCUGUCCAACAACUUCGCCCGCUCCUUCAACAUCAUGCUGCGCUACAACGGACCUCCGCCCACAUGAGAAACCCCUCGCACGUUUCAGCCGGACCGCCCAGCCCGGCGACACCCAACCACCAGACUUCCAGUCCCAACGUCCCCCGCCGCCUUCACCCUCCGGCUCCCCUCACAACCGCUUUCUGUGAAGGAAACCUCACCGUCAUGGCCUCUGAAUGUCAAGUUCAUCACAUGCUAGCACCGUGGGCUGUUCCGUCGGACUACCCCGACAUGAAAGGCCGGGUCUGGACUACAAAUCCCACAAGUGUUCUGCAAGCGGCACAGAUGUGUUAAAGGGGAGCGGCUGAAUUUCCGCCCCCAUCUGUAUAUACAUACAUACAUACAUACAUACAUACAUAUAUGCUGCAGAGACAACACUCCAUUAGCCGCCACAGUACCGAGCAGUCUUCUGUGUCUCCGAAAUGCCGUCACAUCGGGCUCGCCAGUGCCGCUACUGGCGGUUGUUCUGUGCAUGUGGAAACCUCCUCCCUGGUUUGCCGAUAGGACGCAUUGUGUAAGAAAGUGCGGAUAACAACGCUACGUUAUACAGUUGUGUAGUGUGGCGUUGUUAUUUGUGUUCUCUGAUAUAAUGUAAAUAAAGGAUUAUAUGCAUUGCUGUGCACGUUCUCUUACACAAUGCAAGCUAUCGGCAAACCAGGAAGUACAUUUUCACGCUUCACUUUCCUGCACAGCUUCAGCGGCGUGAUGGCUGCUGAUGGAUGGCUGUCCCUGCAACAUGGGUGGAGGUGGAGAUAACGGAGAUAACGGAGAUAACGGAGAUAAAGUUGAAAAAUCCCGAUGAUUUCCUGCUAAGCGUUUCACGACGACGGCUUUACAUCCUCCGAAGUCUUCCUCUCUCCUUCAACGUCACACUUUCCGGCUACUACUUCCAGUGGAAACCUCACCUGUUUUGUAUUACGUUUGACCUCUGACCCCGACGGACGGCUCAUCUGACUCUCUGUUAAUCAUAAUAUUGUACGUCUCACUCAUGGACUACGGAUCCCAUCGUCACUCCCUCCAUCCUCAGGUUGCUGUAGCUUUACUGUCUGCUGCCUCAAAAGUCUAAAUUCCAGCUGGCGGGGACCGAGACCGGUUUCAUCCGCCCGGCGGUGGUGCGUUGCCGAGGGAGCAGCUCGGAUCAGCGUCGGAAUACUUUGUUCAUCCCCGAGGGGAAACGUGGGGGAAAUGCAACUGGAACGCAAAAUGUUUUUGAAGCGCGCGGGACUUAAAGGAAAUGCACACCAACGUCUUUACCACGUCACUGCUUGGGUGAAAAGGCCUCGGUGCCCUUCGCAGAGUGUGUUAAAGGAAGUAACGGUGCUACGUGUGAUUCUGAUCGAGUCCCGACCGCUCCCCGUUCCCCCAUGGGAGUAACGCCAGAUCAAAGCGAGCAAGGCAAACCGAUUCAGAUGUAAAGGAAGUGGCUACGCGGCGUGUUUCCUGACAUCUGCUGUCUGCGCGUGUCCUCGGUAGAUGUUGUUCGCUGGGAUCCUGCAGUUCACCGCGAGGGUUUUUGGCAACGGGUCGGGCGACAACAACAAAAACCCGACUCGGCUGUGCUGUUUUUCUGCAGAAGCACGCAGGACGCCAGGCCCGAGUCGUUCAUCUAUACACGAAACCCCCUGCUCAGAGUUACCUAGUUGUGUUGUGCUUCGGGAGAGUGGAAAUAUUACACGUAGGCCAUUUUAACUUCCAAUCAGACUUCCGGAGAAACCUAAUCCCACUAACCCUCUCGGUGAACCGGCACAUAUUUCCACAUCUUUCACGGAUCAGAUGAGUGUAGGAGCGGCUCCGGUCUGUCAGAGUUAUCGUGAUUCUCUCCGGGAUGGAAAUGUGUGCAACCGGUGUGAUGAAUGUGUCACAACGCUCUCCGGCUAGGCUGAGAUGGCGCCGAUGGCCCCGGUCUUUUCACAAACACAAACACACAUGCAUGCAUCUUGAAUGAAAAUAUGUCCUCGCCUCCACAUACCCACCCCCACACCCACAUGCAUCUUGGAUGAAAGUAUGCCCCUGCCUCCACACACACACACAC